AUGCUCUUUUGUGUCUGCCCAGAUGGCAUAAUUCCCAUUGACAUUGGCGAAUUCGAAGACGAGGAUGGUGAAGAGGACAGUGAGAGCACGAGUGGGCGCACUUCGCCACCUCUUUUGGACAAUGAAAAUGUGUCUAUUACAGGAAAGCAAGGCCAGGCUUCUCGAGAUUCUCACUAUGAGCAAGUAGCUGUUUGUCGAAGGCCAAAAGGCGUUUUCGAGGCUGGCCGGCCGACAAAGGCUAUUCGGAGUUUAAACAGAGAAAAUUUGAAGAAGAACUCGUUCAUAGACGAACGAGAGAAUGAUGAAGAUUACGAUAAUGUAAUGGAGUUGGUAGGAGAGGAACAUGACGAAGAUGAGGAUGAGGAAGAAGAAGAAAUUGAGAUGGUUGAUGCAGAUGAAGGA